UAGACAAUCGUCCAGUACUUCAGUCAAACACAUAUCUCGCUUUCGGUGGUGAUUCUUCGAUGUGAUCCAUGACCAAACAUGACUACGAAGGAAGAUGCCGACUGCCGAGAAGUCUCCGAGCCUUCUUUUAACGCCUGUGACCAACGCCUUCUCUCUUUGUGAUUUCUUUCAUGGCUUUCCAAGGAGCCUCUUCCUCUUCUUCUUCCCGUCAAUGGGCUUCCGAUGUGUUCUUGAGCUUUAGAGGCACAGAUACUCGCAACACAUUUACCGCCGAUCUACACAAGGCUUUGACUCAGAAGGGAAUCAUCACCUACAUAGACGACGACAACCUUAGAAGAGGAGAGGAAAUUUCGGGAGCACUUCUAGAAGCCAUUGAUGAGUCAAGGAUUUCAAUCGUUGUACUGUCUGAAAACUAUGCAUCAUCGUCGUGGUGCUUGGACGAGCUGAUUAGGAUCGUUGAGUGUAAGAAAACAAAGCAACAGAUCGUUCUACCGGUGUUUUACAAAGUAGAUCCGUCGGAAGUACGGCUUCAAAGAAAGAGUUAUGGAAAAGGACUGGCUAAACUUGAAGGAAGGUUCAAGGAUGACAGGUUGCAGAAAUGGAAGGCAGCUCUGAAAGAAGUGGCCGAUUCGUCUGAGUGGCGUUUAAGGAAGAAAGGGAGUGCGUCGGAAUUUAUCAAGAAAAUUGUUCAAUGGGUCUCAAGAGUUGUAAAUCGUACAUAUUUAAAUGUUGCUGCGAAUCCAGUUGGAGUGGAGACCCAUGUGCAAGAGAUCAAUUCACAUUUAAGUAUUGGGAAGAAUGACAUACGGAUGAUAGGGAUCUUUGGACCUGGUGGAAUUGGGAAGACGACUAUCGCCAAAGCAAUCUAUAACUUGAUCGCUUAUCAAUUUGAAGGUAGUUGUUUUCUUGCAAAUACUAGAGAAACAUCUAAGCAAGACUUUGGCCUGGUCCAACUACAAAAGACACUUCUUUGUGAUAUCCUUGGAAAAAUUGGAAGUUUGAAGUUUGGCGAUGUUGAUCGAGGAAUCAAUGUGAUAAAAAAGAGACUUCGCUCUAAAAGGGUUCUUUUAAUUCUUGAUGAUGUAGAUCAGUUGGUCCAAUUAGAAACAUUGGCAGGAAAAUGUGAUUGGUUUGGUUUAGGAAGUAGAAUCAUCAUAACAACAAGAGAUAGAAAUUUACUAUCUCAACAUGAAGUUAAUUCAAUGUACAAGGUGAGGGAAUUGGAUCACAAUGAAGCUCUUCAGCUUUUUAGCUGGCAUGCCUUCAAAAAAGACAGACCUGAUGAUGAUUACUUGAAACUUACAGAACAUGUAAUACAGUAUGCUGGGGGCCUUCCACUAGCUUUAACAGAGUUAGGUACAGAUCUAUAUGGUAGAAGUGUACAGCAUUGGAAAAGUGCAUUGGAUAGGUAUAAAAGAAUUCCUAACAAAAAUAUACAAGAAAAACUUAGAAUAAGUUAUGAUGGAUUGGGUGAUACCGAGAAGAAUAUUUUUCUUGACAUUGCAUGUUUCUUCAACGGAUGUGAUGCAGAUUAUGUUAUUAAAAUACUUGACAAUUGUGGUUUCUUUCCAAAUAAUGGUAUCAAAGUGCUUAUGGAUAAGUCUCUCAUAACUAUUGAUGAGUUUAACAGAUUGAUCAUGCAUCAUUUAUUGCAAGAAACGGGAAGACAAAUUGUUCAACUAGAAUCCAAAGAACCUGGCCAGCGUAGUAGAUUGUGGUUUCAUGAAGACGUUCGUCAUGUACUGGAAGAAAAUACGGGAACAAACAAAAUUCAAGGCAUAUUGAUAGAUUUGCCUGAACAAGACCUCAUAUGCUUGAGCUUUGAAGCCUUUGAGAAGAUGAAAAAGCUUAGAAUAUUUAUAAACCAUAAUGCAUGCUUUUCAGAAGAGCCUAGUUUUCUCUCUAAUGAGUUAAGAUUACUUGAUUGGCCCGAAUAUUCUGUGGAAUCUUUACCAUCCAAUUUUCAUGGAGAGAACCUUGUUGUUUUUAGAAUGCGAAGUAGCUGCCUUAAGGGAAUAAAGGGAUUCCAGAACUUUCAAAACUUGACAAUUUUGGAUUUUUCAAAUUGUAAAUUCCUAAGAAAAAUCCCUGAUGUUUUAGGGAUCCCAAAUUUAAAGGAAGUGACUCUUGAUGGUUGUACAAAUUUAGUUGAGAUUCAUCAUUUUGUUGGAUUCCUUGAUAAGCUCAUUGAUUUGAGUCUUCAAGAAUGCUCCAACCUUAAAAGUUCUCUGAGAAGCUUCAAGGUGAGAUUUCCUGAAUAUCUCAGCCUUGAAAACUGCUCAAGGCUUAAGAACUUUCCUCCAAUUGAGUCUCUAAUGGAAUGUGUAAGAAGCAUCGACUUACGAUACAUUGGUAUAGAAGAAGAAUUGCCUUCAUCCAUUGGGUGCAUCGUUGGGCUUAAAAAAUUAAAUCUACAAGGCUGCAUAAACCUUAUGAAUCUCCCAAGUAGCAUUCAUCAACUACAAUAUCUAGAGUUUCUUUUAUUGAGUGAGGGACAUCUUAAAGACCAUCCAUUUGGCAUUAUACUUCUGGGAAAUAAGAUUCCAGAUCAGUUCAGCGAUCAUAAAGGGGCUUCAAAUAGUAACUCAUGUGAAAUAAAUAUUAAUGAAGCUUGUGAAAUAGAUAUUAAUGAGCCUGCAUAUUUGGAUGGAGAGAUGGGAGGAAUUGCUUUCUCUGCUGUUUUUGGAAUAAUGGAUGGACAUACGGAAGAUUAUUUUGAUUUUUUUGUUGAUAUCAGCAGUGAUGGUUCAGAUCAGUUGUGUUACUAUAUUCGAGAAUCUUUUAAGCUAAAGGGAGAUUAUUUGCAAGUUUGUUUUGGAUUUGAGUCAGGUUCAGUGUUCCUUAAAAAUUGCAGAGUCCGUAUGGUAUAUAGGCAUAAAGAGGAAACGACAGAUCAUAUGCUGAAUCCUCAAGAUCUAGGUGUGCUUCAUGAGGAUGUUGAUGUUCAUUUGGGUGUACCUGAUGAAGAUAUUGAAAAUUCGAUAGAUAUGAUGGAUGGUAUUCAACUUACUAAGAGGUGCCAUGAUGAUGAUGAUUAUGGCAACUUGGAAUCCAAUUGGUACCCACAACGGAAGAGACGUUCUUCAACUUUGGACAUCAAAAUUUCCGAUAAGAGGAUAUGCCACUUGGUGAAUCACAGCUACACCAAUCAAAUCACCCCUAGCACUUAAACCAGCUAGCGUCUUUUCACUUUUUCCUCUUAGGAUCCUGCAAUGCUUGUUAAUUUUGUUGGUGGAUUCAGAGGGCUUUAGCAGCAUUUGCGCCUUACCUGAAAGAAAAUAUAAUGACUUUGAAUUUUUGGUGGAAUAAUACAUAUGUUGUAGUAUUCCAUUCCAUUUAAAGAGAUUACAAAGUACAUGAUAAAUACACAGUGCAAAAGAUAACAAAGGAAUAUCCUUUGGAGAGAGAAGGAGAUGAUUAGUUGCAUUGGUAUUGCUGCUGUCGAGUUCUUAUCUGGUUGAUGUGGAAAUUGCUGAUGUGGAGCUGAUGGUGUUGUUGCUGACUGAGUAGUUACAUUAACAUUACCAUUACCAUCCCACUUUUGAUGCUACUAAAUACUAAUGGUAGCAGGCUAAGCAGUUACGUAAUGACACAAAGAUCCAGCAUUUGCCUCCUGAUUUGUCCACUUAAUUAUGGAUCAGGUAGUCCUAGUCUGGAAACAGAUUUUUUUUCAAGUUUUUGGUGCGGUUGACAAAUGUAGUUCGACACGAGAAUGCGCGGGACAUAUCCAGUAUUUGACUAUGAAUGAGUUUGUGCAAGCCAGCCAAAUUAGCUGUUUGAGGCAGAAUCACUUGCUUGAGUGUUCUAACAACUGUAAGUGUUUCAGUAAGGCUUAUCAUUGAUCUAGCCAUAUAGACUUCAAUUUCAUAAUUGAGCUGUUGCUUUCAUUAUUUUUGUUACAAGUGGGUUUUGUGUGGCUCGAAGGGAAAGGGGAGGAGGAGAUACAUUGCUCUAUUUUUAGGGUCUUGUUGGAGCUUGUACAGUUUUUUGCUUUGUGAUUUUCAUGGGACAAAUGCCUCACCAAUGCUUAGUAAUAUUGGAGCUGGAAAUUUUUCUGGCAGGCAUAUUGCAUAGAUUAUUAGAUUUCAUUUUGCUUUU